CAGCCUGCUUGUUUGUUUCCAGGCACGGUAACAGACUGAGUGCCAGCGCAGAUUGCUGGCGCUGCCCUAGCUAUCCGAGGGCUGGGUCUCUGAUACCGGCAGCAGCUCCUGCCCUGUAUGCUGCUGAGGAGUAACCUCUCUGCCUCUCUCACACCCUCUCUCCUGGCUGGGACCCAACUCUACUGGCCAGGCUGGACCCAGCCUCACUGCUCCCUGCAUUGCAGCCCCCUCACUCUGGCUGGACACAAGAAGUUGUUCAAAGUGAAGCACAUCAAGGGACCCAAGGACUCGGCCAGGAACCGCGUACUCAUGAAGGUCGCCGUGAUACUCAGACAUGCUGUGCAAGAAGGAGGAGAGAACCCAGACUUCCACACCCAGCUGGGAAACGUCAUUGAGCAGUGCCGGGGUGUGAACAUGCCCAAAGCAUCCAUCGAGGCUGCGGUGAAGGGAGCGGUGA